CCCCGCACUUCGUCGUCUCCUCGGAAACCUCACCGCCUCCCUCCCCUCCAUUCCCCACCAGAUGCGGCGAUGCUCCGCCGUGCAAUAGGCUUACCCGCCGCCGCCGGUCGCGCCGCUUCCUCUCGGUGGCGUGGCUUCCUCACUGUCUCAUUCGAUCUCGAGGAUGGGAAGCAUGAGCGCGCAGAGUUCAAGCUCUCCGUACCGUGGGGAAGCACAUCGGCGUCUCCCUCCGGCGAUGCGAUCGAGAGGGCUGUAUCUUCUGAAGGCUGCAAAGUAGACACAUCUCGCUUGACUAUGAACUCCAUGGGGAAAGGAGGAGUCAUCGCUUCAUCGGUGCUCAUGACCGCCACCAACUUCGACGCCAGCAAGGCCAGGUCCCGUCGAGGAAGAGGAAGGCAGAUGAACUUGGUGGACAUUCACAUCUGGCCUCAGGAGUCCCGGGCGGCUGCAACAUUGAUGCGGAAAAAUGAUAAAUCUAGAUUGGCUUGGCAUUCUACUUGGAGCUUUGAUAUGGAAUCAACAAAUUCACCACGUGGGAAAAGUCUUUUAACAAGCAAUCUAUCUGACAAAACACAGGACCUGCAAUAUAAAGGAUUCAUUUGCAAUGAAAUUGCGAAUGAAUUUGAGGUUUCUUUGAAAAAUCACUUCUCAAUCCACCAGACCCUAGGAAGGGGAGCGGAAGGUCAAGUGCUCCGAUGCAGUACUCAGAAAGGUGCCCAUAGAUCUGCUGUUAAGAGAUGUGAUGUUCCAAGAAAGCAUGCUGAUGAAGAGCUCAGAGAAGCCAGAGUUAUGAAGAUGCUUCGUCACCCAAAUAUAAAGAAACUAUAUAUUGCUUGGAAAGAAGAAAAGGCUGGAACUCAUUAUUCAUCUGUAUACCUGGCACAGGAGUUGUGCAAAUGUACUUUUGAUGAUUAUUUGGACCGAAAAAAAAAUGGAGACAUUGAUGAAGCUUGAGUUUUUCAAGGAGGCAGUUCUUGGCAUAAACUAUCUCCACCAAAAAGGAUUCAUUCACAGAGACAUCAAGCCCAGUAAUAUAUUUCUUGAUAAUUUGAACAAUGUUAAGAUUGGAGAUUUCGGAAGUGGUGCUUUCAUGGGAUCUGCUUCUUGUUUGGGAAGGGGCAAUAGGUUCUGGGGUACUCAGUUCCAUGCGUCUCCUGAGCUGUGGAACAUGCAUACUCACAACGAGAAGACUGAUGUGUUUAGUCUCGGAAUCCUGUACUUCGAGCUCUUUGGAGGUCCCACGAGCAGCAAUGGAAGAUACAAAAGACUGGAAAAACUUGAAAGCAUUUUGAAUAGCAGCAAAUGGAAGACUAAUCCACUUCAAACAUGGCUAAACUGCAAUAUUUCUAAAGGAUGGGGUGGAAAGGUGCCAGUACUAAUCCGGAUGCUACAGAUUUCACCAAGACUGCGUCCAGCAUGUCGCGAUAUACUGCUGAUGCUUAGUUGAUGUGUUACCUAGUCAAAUGUGUACAAAUGGAGCAAAUGAUGUAAACGGAAGAAAGGUAGUACAGAUGAGAAAGAAUGACAAUAUUGAUGAGAGCGUCUCAAGUUUUGGGAGUUGACUAUUGAGAUGUUAUCGUCUUAAAAACAAUAUUAUCGCUGUUUAGUUUUUGUUACAGCAGUUUAUAGCCCUAUGUGAACUACCAUGCUAUGCUUCCACUUGAUGUAGUGGCGGAGUCAGAUAAAUUUUGGAGCCCGGAUAAAUUUCAAUAUAACUAGUCUUUGUUAUAGAAAUUUCAUCAUCAAUUUACUCAUCAUUAUUAAAAUUUAAUGGAGUUUUCGUGGCUCCGCCACUGGCUUGAUGUGUUGCUUUUCGUUUAUCCCUCUGCUUAGCAAAAAUAUUUUAAUAAUGUGAUUCAGAUAAUCGAUGAGUGCAUAAUUCCUGUGCGUGCGAAGCCGCGAACAUUCGGGAAGCCGCCAUC